CUUUUAAAGGGUUUGGGGCCCUGUUAACAUGGGAUCCACUUGCUAUAAAGUCUCUCAGCCAGAAUUAUACCCCCGAGGCUUUUGUAUCCCCUGGCCCCGUAGUGGACAAUCAAGGGGGACAGUGUGGAUAAACGUAAUUCUUUCAUCUCCCCGCACCGUCUCCAGCCCCUUUCCUCCAAGGUCGGGUUCUCCUGCUGCAGUCACACUAACUUGGGGUGCCUCUUUCCUCCUCCCACCUUGGGAAACCAGCUUCUUUCCCCUUCAUCAACAAAACUGGACACGGAUCAAUUUCAACUGACCUUUGCCGAAAGGUGGCGCUGUUGAGGUAAAAACCAACUCGGUCCAACAAUAGUUUUCACUCUUCGAUCAUUUUGCAGGCUUUCACAAUUUUUUUUUUAAUGCACCCUUCUAGCUUCUCCCCCUCCCAUAAAGUAAAAAAAUAUAUAUAUAUAAACAUGAUUAACACCAAAUGCAUUUCAUUAAUUGGAGGAAUCAACAGUCCCAACAUCCAAGCAGGCGGGCUGGUCUUCCAAACGCUGGGUCCGCUCCGCACACUCUAGCUUUUCCCCCAAAUAAAUCUCGGCUUCUCCGACUUGCCUAUCGCUUUAAAAUCUUAGAAACAGAGUUGUUGGUUUUUUCUUUCUUUUUUUUUUCUUUUCCUUUCUUUCUUUUUUCUUUUUUGCAUAAGCUUUAAAAGAAUCGAUCUAGAAAAUUGAACAGUUAUUAGCAUCUGCAACGGGGAGGGGGAGAAGCAGCCCCCCACCCUACCCCCCACUCUGAGCUUCCGGGCUUGUCCGAGAAACAGCGGUUUAAAACUUAACCCUUCCAGGGGAGCUGGCAAAGACUGAGGUGUUGUUUUUCCCCCUUGUUGCUCGCCAUGAUCAAGUCUGAAAUAAUUAAGUGAAACGUAAAAGUGCAAAGGGCGCGCGCAGGACCCUGAUAAACAGGGGUCAUAUUUCAUAGGGGGUGGUGAACCUGUGUAUGAGAGAGAGAGAGAGAGAGAGAGAGACAGAGAGACAGAGAGACAGAGAGACAGAAAGAGAAAGAGAUGGAUGGAGAGAUGAAUAUGAAUCUCAAAGGCCAAACUCGAGCCAGAGUCGGAAGCCAGAGGGCUGAGCGGGGCUGACCUGACUGAGCUUUGCCGGAGUUAACUCGCGUAGGCGUUCGCUCCCCCACCCCCAAGGGCACGAGACGCUAGCAGGCAGCAGGUCCCCACGCUUAAUGGGCUCUAAACAACUUAUUUCGCCUCCUUUAAAAGAGGGUGAUAACACAGUCUUUCUCUCUCCGCGGACCCCUCACCACCCCAUCAGGAGCGCGGCCGAGCGGCGUCCUGCGCGCCGUCAGGACCCCUGCACCCCCGUGCGCAGGCACGGAGAGAGGGACAAAGAGUUGGGGCCAAGUUUGAGCUCCUGGCACAGACAGGCUGGGGGGAGGAAGAUCCCCGGGGCAGACACCUGGGUUUCGAAGGUGAAGCGAAGAGAGAAGGCUGCCAGGAGAAUUCAUAAUCCUGGGGAUGGGGGGUGGGGGGAGGGCAGUCAGGCGAAUCCCCGCAAAGUGAGUGGCGGCCAGCUGGGGCUCCGGAAGGCAGGCCUCUCUUGCGCUCCGAAGUAAAGCAAACAGUCCUCCGGAUCCUCCCGGUUCCUGCAGCCCCUCUGGAAAACUCAUUCCUCUCUUGCACCAAACUUUACGCCCGGGUUUGCUCCCUCCUGGGGAGGAGGCGGCGCGGGAAGGGUUAAGCCUGCCUGUCCCAGCUGACAGUCAGCUGAUUGGGCCCUGAUUGACAGCUCCGAAAAGUUUCCUGUUUCUAUACUAUUAUAUGCCAAUCGCGGCCGCUCUCGCCGCCUCCCAUUGGCCCUGAGUACUCGUCAAUUUCCCAUUUGGGCCUGACGUCACAAGUGCUAUAAAACUCAGCAAUUGCUUUAAACUCUUCUUGCUGGAUCAGAGGCUUUAAAAUCUUUUUUCAUCUUCGAGCUGUAGCUCGGGCUGCUCCUCGGCUCGGUCUCCCCCCUUUUGCUCUCUGCCUCGCCUUUCCCUAGGACUUCGUUAUUUUGCUUUAAAAAAAAAAAAAAGGCAAGAAAGAACUAAACUCCCCCUCCCUUUUCUCCAGCCGGGCUGCACCUCUGUCUUGCACUUUGCACGGAGAGCGAGCGCAAGGGAGAGAGAGAGAGGAGAGGGAAAAAAAUUUUUUUAAGAGCCAGGCAGAAGAGAAGGCAAGAAGCAUGAAGUGUUAACUCCCCAGUGCCAAGGCCCGCGCCGCCCGGACAGCCGCCCGCCGCCGCGCCUCCAGCCCCGAGCGGCCGCCGUGCGCGCCCCGCUUGCAGCCCGGCCAGCAAGGCGAGCCCUCCUUAUGCAAAGCGCGCAGCGGAGAGGCAAGCGGGGGACGCCGCGCACCGGGCCGGGCUCCUCCGGCUUCGCCGCCGCCGACACCGCAGCCCGCGGAGGACCUAUCCGAGCUUGAAGCCGCCGGCUCCGCGCGCAAGAAGGCGAGCAGGCGAGGAGGGGCUGGGGCGAGCGAGCACCUCGGCGUGAGCAGGCGGGAGGGAGGGCGGGCGCGGGGGGCGCGGGCAGGGCGGGGGGGUGUGUGCGCGCUCGGAGGUUUCGGGCCAGCCACCGCCGCGCGAGCUAGACGCGCCCCAGCCCGGCAAGCUGGCUCACCCGCUGGCCACCCAGCACAGCCCGCUGGCCCCUCUCCUGCAGCCCAUCUGGCGGAGCGGCGGCGCCGGCGGCGGCAGGAGAAUGGCAUCAGAACUGGCAAUGAGCAACUCCGACCUGCCCACCAGUCCCCUGGCCAUGGAAUAUGUUAAUGACUUCGAUCUGAUGAAGUUUGAAGUGAAAAAGGAACCGGUGGAGACCGACCGCAUCAUCAGCCAGUGCGGCCGUCUCAUCGCGGGGGGCUCGCUGUCGUCCACCCCCAUGAGCACGCCGUGCAGCUCCGUGCCGCCUUCCCCCAGCUUCUCGGCGCCCAGCCCGGGCUCGGGCAGCGAGCAGAAGGCGCACCUGGAAGACUACUACUGGAUGACCGGCUACCCGCAGCAGCUGAACCCCGAGGCGCUGGGCUUCAGCCCCGAGGACGCAGUCGAGGCGCUCAUCAGCAACAGCCACCAGCUCCAGGGCGGCUUCGAUGGCUACGCGCGCGGGGCGCAGCAGCUGGCCUCGGCGGCCGGGGCCGGCGCCGGCGCGUCCCUGGGCGGCAACGGCGAGGAGAUGGGCCCCGCCGCCGCCGUGGUGUCCGCCUCCAAUUACAGAACUGAGCCCACUAGCAACUUGGAGCCAUCAGUGGGAUACGCCACAUUUUGGAAGCCCCAGCAACGUGUGCUUACCAGUGUAUUCACAAAGUGAAAUUUAUGUGAGAACUGUACAUGAAAAAUAUAUUGGUAGUAGUAGUAGUAUCCGCUGUCGUAGAAUACAACCUGCCCCCGGACUUCUGUUCAGUCUCCUUUUUAAAGAAAAAUGUUGCAUUAGAAAAAAAGGCUAUUAAAUAUAUGUAUAAUCUCCAUAUUAAUUAACUGU